AUCACUAAAUAUUUUAACAUUUUACGUUUUAUCUCUCCAUUAAUUAAUUAUAUUAGUUUAUGGACUUUUAAUAAUUUUUAUCAAUUUGACGGGCAAAAAGAAAUACUCGUGUAAAGCAAAAAGACAGUAUUAUUCAGACAAGAAUAAGAAGCACGACUAAAUUCCAGCACACAGGAAAAGAUGAACCUCACCGUGGAUGAUGUGCAUAAGAUGAAGGUGGUGGAGCUCAAAGCGGAGCUCCAACUGAGAGGAUUAGAUCCCAAAGGCGUCAAAGCUGUCCUGGUUGACCGGCUCAUUUCUGCUCUGGGAGGAACGCCACUGGGAAAUCUGGGCAACGGAAAUUCGGCUUCCAAAGACGAUGAUGAUCUAGAAGAUGCUGAGGAAAUGAGUUCUCCGAGAGCUAGUCCAGUUAAGGCUUCCAGUCCAGUUAAACUUCUCACCGAGACGCCAACUCCAGCUCCUCUUGCUCCAACUUCAACCUCUUCAAUUCCGGCUGCUGAAGUAAAACCUUGCGUUGUAAAUAUGGCACCAGUACCCAACUUGUCGCCAGUGAAAGCUCCCACUGUUGUUACUACCACAUCACCGACAAAACCUGCUGUUGUGUCACCUGUAAAAGUUUCAACGGCAGAAACUCCAACCCCCGUUGUCGCGACGGCUCCAGUAGUGGGAACACCAGAAUCGUCAAGUUCAUCGCCAAGUGUUAGUGUAGUAACACCAGUGAUAGUAACUAAAGUUGAAUCACCAGCCAAGGCAACACCGGUUGCUUCUACAACUGAGGACAAAACCUCUGAUAAAAUGGAUACUGAAACAAGCGAAACUGGGUCUGCAAAGCGAAAACUUGAUGAUACUGAGCAGAAACAGGGAGCAACGAAAAAAGUAAAAACGGAACAUGUACAUACCCCAAAAAUUGUACCCGAAGACGAACCAGCCUUUGAUGAAGACGCUGUGCUCCUAGAUUGGUAUAAGUCCGAUCUUAACUUGAAAAUCUCAAAAGAUAACUUUUUGGAAGCGGAGCCAAUCGUGUCUGAUGAAUUUCCAUUUGCAUAUGGUGGAGCUAAAGGAACUUACGGAUUUUCGUCUGGAAAGGUCUUUUACGAAGUCAAGUUUGUAAAGGCAAUUGACGUUCGAGCAGAUUUUGGCGAUCUCGAAUUCAAACAUAUUCUCCGUGCAGGCUGGUCAGAUUUAUUAACAGAUCUUCAACUAGGCCAAGAAAAAUUCUCGUAUGGAUACGAAUCCAAGGGAAAAAUUUAUAAGGGAGGUGAAGUUGCCGAUUUUGGUGAAAAUCUAGCGGAAGGAGAUGUUCUUGGCGUUUACAUUGAUAUUGGUACUGAAUUUGUGGAAAUGAAAUUCACCAAGAAUGGAACCAUUAUUGGGGACGUUGUACAAAUUCCGAAAGCUGAAAUUGAAGGAAAAGUUUGGUUUCCUCACAUUUUGGUGAGAAAUGUCAAGUUUUCGGUUAACUUUGGUGCCUCAGAAGCAGCCUUCCCACCCUUGGAUGGAUACACAUUCGUUGGAAAAGUUGAGCCAUCAGCGUCCAGAGUAAGAGGACCCAAGAGACCAGAGAAGAAAGAUGAAUGCGAACUCAUCAUGCUUGUUGGAUUAGCUUGCAGUGGGAAAACCACGUGGGCCAAGGAGUACGUCAAAAACAAUGCCGAAAAAAACUACAUUAUUCUAGGAACAUCCACAGUUGUUGAGCGAUCUGUUAAAGACCCGUCUGUUAUAACUGCACCCAAAGGACCAAAGGCAUACGAAGGGUUUAUGAAUCGAGCCGGAAAAUUCGUUGAAAAACUUGUUGAUCUGGCUCCGUCUCGUCGUAGGAAUUACAUUCUAGACCAGAGCAAUGUACUGCCCAGUGUGCAGCGCCGAAAGUGCGGAGGGUUUGAUGGGUACAGGCGAAAAGCAGUAGUAAUCUUACCCAAAGACGAAGAAUACCAGAAACGUAUCAAAACUAAAGAACAGGAACAAGGGAAAAGUGUUCCAAAAUCAACAAUCAUGGAUAUGAAAUCAAGUUUCCAACUCCCUGAAGUUGGUGAGCUGUUUUCUGAAGUGGAAUUCCCUGAAGUUGUAAAAGCUGAAGCCGAAAAACUUGUAACCAUUUACAAUAAAGAGGGCAUAGAUGCUGGUUAUGGUCGAUCCGGAUCCGGUAAGGGAAAUCAGCGUGGUGGAUAUUUUGGACGUGGUCGUGGAUUUAUGCAAAGAGGUCGUGGGGGAGGUGGCUUUAUGCGUGGUGGACCUCCUCGUGGUGGACGCGGUGGAGGAAUGAUGAUGCGUGGGCCUCCUAGGCCACCAAUGCGCGGUGGACCCCCGAUGCGUGGACCACCUUUCCGAGGUCGAGGCAUGGGACCUCCCCCAAUGAGAGGACCUCCUUCUGGUAUGAAUGGAAAUGCCAGAUUUGGUGGCCCUGCUCGAGGAGGUGGACCACGUGGAGGCCCUCCACGAGGUGGGCCUGCAAUUGCACGAGGUGGUGGUGGCGGCGGAGGAGGAGGAUCGUGGCAACGAGCUUCUGGACCGCAUAUGGGGAACGGGCAACGAGCACCACCAAGAUCACUUCAAGGUCGUGGAGGUGGAUCUGCUGCGCCUCGCUGGAGUUCUCCAAAGUCCAUGAACUCAAACAAUUCUCGACCUCAACCUCCGGUUUGGCAACAACAAGCCCCACCCCAACAGCAACAGUCUGUAUGGAACACUGGAAAUGGAUUUAACAGCUUUGGAGGACAGCAACAGCAGCAACAACAACAGCAAUAUAUUGAUCCAUGGGUUCAACAUCAACAAGUUCCAGACCAAGGUUUUGGUAGAUCAUGGGACAGCAUGGGAAAUAAUAUGAACAUGCAACAACAACAGCAGCACAACACUAAUGCCAUGAAUCGUGGAGGCGGCGGAGGUGGAACUUGGCAAGGGUACGGGGGACAGCAAUUUGGAGGAUUUGGUGGAGGUCGACGUUAGUAGUUGAAUACCUAAACCAGGCGAAGUAUAAAUGGACAUGUAACUUAGUUCAAAAACAACCAUGCUAUAGAUAAGAUUUGAUUCAAGUUAGUAGACCAAAUACUUUCCUACUCUUUGUUUUGUUUAAUUAGAUAGGUGUAUGAUACAUAAUAUACGUUGUGAAGGCCAUUAUUGAUUAAUAAUAAUCGUCCUUCUCUUCUCGACACGACACAAAAUAAUACUGAUUCUCAUUUUACUUUAUGCACUACUAUCUCAUAUGAAAUAUUACUAACUUUGAUUUCAGAAACAAUAGGUGAGAUUGUAUUACUAUAAUAUGCUGGUAGAUAGAUCACGUUAUUAUGAAAUUGCAAGUACGUCAAAAAUUGCUCUACCAAAAGCAAAUGUUUAUUACAAAUUAGUUUACACAACUUAUGAUAAACUUUAGUAACCUUUUAAUCUACAUAAUAAUUAUUCUUGAUUUUAAUUUUUGUUGAUGAAUAUUUAUUUAGAGACCAUCUCUAAAAUUUAUUUAAGUUUUUAUUUGUGUAUAAUGUGUGCAAGUGUUGCUAUUACCUGUUAUGUUUAUACCAAUACACAAUAAUUUAGUAGUUUCAUCUAGAUUUAGGAAUUAAUUAUUGUACCUUGCAAUCAUUUUUUUGUAAUAAACAAGUUACUUCAAAGUUGAACCAAAUAA